UCUCCACCCUCUCCACAACCCACCCUCUCCACAACCCACCACCCACCCUCUCCACAACCCACCCUCUCCUCCGCCGCACUCACUUCGGCCGUCGCUGACGCCGCCGCACUCACUUCGGCCGCCGCCGACGCCGCAACACUCACUUCGUCCGCGGCACUCAUCUCGGCCACGGUAGCCGUCGCUGUCCGGAGAGGCGCCGUACUCAUCUGGGCCACGGUCGCCGCCGCUGUCCGGAGAGGCGCCGCACUCAUCUCGGCCACGGCCGCCGCCGCUGUCCGGAGAGGCACCGCACUCAUCUUGGCCACGGUCGCCGCCGCUGUCCAGAGAGGCGCCGCACUCUUCUCGGCCACGGUCGCCACCGCCGGCCACGGUCGUACCCUGCGAUGGCUGGAGCACUCUUUUCCUCCUCCAACAGAAAACGAUCCAAAAAAACAAUCACGGGCAAAAUGGACGGAUAUGCAUAGAGCUUAUUUAGUAGAACUUUUGCAAGAACAUAAUAAAGAUAAAUGGAGAGGUCAAAAUGGAUGGAAUAAAGAGGGAUGGCGCAGUAUACAUAAGGCGAUGAUUACUAAGUUUUCUCAUUCAAAUUAUACAUUAGAACAAGUAAAAGAUCAGGAGCAACAAUUAAAGAAGCAAUUUAAAGCUGUGAAGAACUUAGUAGAGAUGAGUGGCUUUGGUUGGGAUGCCGACAAGAAAAUGGUUUCUGCUCCAUCAGAAGUUUGGGAACCGUUGAUUAAUGUGCGUCUCCUCUCUGAUAUUUCAUCACCAUUUGCCACUGGAUGAAUGAAGUUUAUGAACUCAAAUUCUUCUUCUUCCCUUCUCCUCAAAAGAAGAAGUGCGAGAUUGUUGUUAUCCAUACUUUGUGAUUGUAGAGAUAUAGAGAAGAAAAUGUAGGAAUUACUAGUUAUGUGAUUGUAAGAACUUGUUCCUUUUAAAUAGACUUUGAAUAGUGUAAAAACAAUAAUAUUUCUCUCCAACGGCUAGUUUAGUUAUUUUUGAGCUC